AUGCUGGAGGACAACAAGAACGUGAUGGAUGGGCAAGUACUGGACAUGGGAAAUGCAGCUGGAGGAGCAGAGGGAGGGGCAGGAGAGUCCUCAGACCCCAUAUUAGAGUUGCGAAGCUACACACGGCAGCUCAAAUCUCAGGUAGACGUUUUAGCAGGAGCGUUAAAUGAACAGAAGUUGAGCUCAGAAAAUGAAAGGAGCCUCAGAGCCAGCAAGGGGCUUGGGGUGCACCCUGCUAAAUACAAUGGAGACACAAAACACUAUGCAGCCUUUAAAACUGAAGCCAGAUACAUCUUGGACAUAAGAUCAGCUGAAUUCAGCUCAGGUAAGCAUCACAUCGUGGUUUUGAUCAGUUGGCUGGAGGGGCUAGCGAAGGACUGGGUCAUUAUGCUGAUGGAGGGCCAACACAGUGCUCUAGGAAACCUGCGGGAGUUCUGGGAGCUGAUGGAUUCCAUGUUCAAGAGCCCGCUGGAGCAUGUGGCCACGGAACAGCGACUAUUGAACUUGCGAAAAGGAAGUGGCUCGGUGGCCUCUUAUUGGACUGCUUUCAAUUUGCUAGUGCAAAGAGUUGGCUGGGGACAGAACACAGGGCCGCUUGCCGCCAUGUAUCACACAGGAUUGAACUCGUCAGUCCUAGAUGAGAUGGCGAAGAUGCAACCCAUGCAGUUGCUGGACGAGAUAGCCUGA